AUGCGGAAGGACGAGAAUGGGAGAGACAAUGGGAGGGACGCGAAGACACUGCGCUGCGAUCGUCCUAGAGCUGUGGCCUCUACCCUGCAGUACAUCCGCAUUGAUGUCUUGCUGUACCGUGACGAGCUACGGUGGCUUUUGGUCUUGUAUCUACGUGCUGUUCAUCGUCGCAUUCCAGAGGCGCUUCCGUAUCUGGAAAGCAUGGCUGGCAUAGAUCUUGAAGCUCAAUUUCAUCCGCAAACACGCCGUGGAUAUUAUCUGCUAGAGUAA